AUGGAGAUGGCUCUGGACUUGGUCGCCGAUGCCCCUCGCUCUGCUGCCGCUUCGUUCUGGACCGCGGCCGGGAGGUGGAAGGAUACGAGAGCCACCGUCGGAACUACUUUCAGGAGGAGGUCACGUGUGCGCCUAGUUGGGGAACUUUCCAAAUUCCCACUACCCUGCGGUCGCUGCAGGGGCAAGUGUCCGCUUUCUCUGCUUAGAUACUCCCUCCCGGUAAAGGCGGUGGGACCCCAGUGGGACGCAGCGGGAAAGGGCACACAGACGAGCUUCCCGCGGGAGCGCUGUCUGGCUAGCGCUGGGAAGCUGGUUACACAAGCACCACAUCCAAGCACGUGCCCCCGCCUCCCUGUUCGCUGGAUACCGCCUAUCCUCGCAGUCCGCGAGGGGAGAGUCACCAAGCUGUCACUACCCCUCGUUUGUCAUCCACAGAGCAAUUCCAAGGACCGAUACCUGAAACUCCUCCUCCUUGAUCCGCCAACACGGCGCGUUCCCAACCUCGGGAGAAGGGGCUGGGCCCUCGGGGGAUCCGAUGCAUCUCCUAGAUGAUAAAGGAGAACCCUUCUGGUUCUGUGCUCCUGGAGCAAAAAGAUAUAUCUCUGCGGCCCGCUGCUUGGGUUUGGUGAGUUGCAGCGAACCUCCUGUCACUACCCCUGAACUGGUGAGCGUGCCCCACCUACUGUAAAGUCAGCCAAGUGGCUUUUCUGGUCGGAGAACCUAGUCAAAGGCCAUCAGCCCGGAACAAACCUGUCAAGUCUGCUUACAACCCAGAUUGGCUGACCUAUCACCGAAAGAGCUAGUUCAGAAAUGCUGAAAACUGGAACCCAUCUCCCCUCCCCCAUCAGCCAGGUACGAAGCAAGUAUCCACCUUCUCUGCCUGGAGAGAAUUGACAUCACUCAACACCGAUCUAGGAAUUUCUUCCAUUUUAAUUCUUUCCCUGGGGUACUUGAACUCAAUUUUAAUCCAUGAGUAUCUGCCUUGAGACUUAGGCAGUGGGUCAUUUUAGAAAUUUGUGGAAAUAGGAAUGGAUUAGCACGUGUGUUGUAAUGAUUGUAAGUAGGUUCCCAGGAAGGUCUAAAGAGGAUUUAUGAAAUGUAUGAGAAAGAAGAUCGCGUGUGUGUAUAUCAUAGUUGCAGGCAGUCUCCGAAGACUAGAAACCUCAAGCGGCCUAGCUCAGAAAGCCACAAGCCAUUACCUAACUCCAGGACUACUAAUUAGACCAGGGAUAUUUACAGUGUUCUUAGAGAUCUCUGAGGCUACUUAAACCUAGCAUUUAUAUACAGCAUCCUUUUAAGAUAGUUCAGCAGGAGUUAGCAACCUGCUGAAGCUUCAGUGUUGAUAUUUAUUGGAGGAUGAUUUUGUGCAUGGUUCUGGUCCCCUUGAAGGAGGCAGGGACCUUAAGUACAAAAGAAAAUGGAGAGCAUGCUGGAAACGGCAGAAGAAAGGCCUCCAUUUGACUUCUAAAUAUGCAAAUCCUGCCCACACAGCCUAGUGUGAGUUAGAAAUUCUUUUUUAUUUUAAAAAUUACUAAGGAUAAGGAGUCUCCAUGUCUAGGUGUUCUACUACAUGGCAAAAACCUGUGCUAUGCUGUUAUCUGCUACUGCUGGAUGGGGAAAGGGGAAAUGAAGAUAAAGUUAGGUCAAGGGAAGUAGAUUGGGGAGGGCAAAAUGUCCCAUAUUUGUUUUUCUCAGGUUGCUGAUUUGUCUGUCCCCAGAGUCCUCGUUACUUACUAGUUCCGCCCUAUUCUGCCCCUCCCUGGGAGCCUACCCUGUGAGACAAUCACUCUCACAGCAUCUGAGCGGCUCUGAAUCUGCUUCCCUGGAAGAAAAUGAAACGAGGUGCAUUCCUGUCUUGCUAGCUUUUACCCUGAAGAGAGAGGAUCCUCUUCGAUUCCCAUGGCACAGUUAUUCUGGAGCAGAGAGGAUGUGCAUCACUGCUCUCAAGCACCGGAAUAGAGAAUAGGAAGAAAAUUGGAAAUGGGUUUUGCUGCUUCUUAACAUCAGGUCCCUCUACUUCUCUCUAGUGGUGAAUGAAAGGAUCACCUACGUUGGUAUAUAUCUGACCAGGCUGGCAGCAACCUCAGGUGGAUGUUGGGAGUUGCUGAACCAAAAAUCUGCUCCCUUUCUCACAGUGUUGUGUUCCUGAUGCCUUUUUGGUGUUUUUUGUUUUUUUUUUUUACUUUUUUGCUCAAAGGAUGUCCUUACCCAUGUGAUAAAGCUGAAACCUAUAAAGGACCUGGCCCUAUGUACAGGAUAUUUUUUAAAUAAUUUAUUUUAAGUUCAAAUAUAUUAUUGGCUGUACAGAUAUUACAAUACACUGGUUUCCAGGCACUCUGUUUCAUUACCUGUCUGGAUUCAGCCAGCCCUAGGGAGAAACAGAAGCUUGUAACAAAGGGAGAGUUAUAUAAAGCUUCGAGGAGACUGCAUAAAAUAAGUAGAGCAUGAUAAACCAGCUUUAAUUAUAAUUUCUCAUGACUGAUUUCAAAACCAUAUUGCUACUAUACCCAAAGAAUGUCUAGAGAAAAUUUCUUUCCUCAUUUCUUUGAUAAGUGAAAUGACCAGCAACUUGAUGUGGGUGAUAUAAAUAGUUGAUGUGCCCUUUGUAGGUUCGCUGCUAAAAUGACUUUUGUGUGGUUAUUCUGUCGCUAUGUGCUUUUUUCAUCUCCCACACACUGACCU